GAUCUGUUCACCAUCAAUAGCCUCAUUUUAACGCAGGGAUCAAUAAAUAUGCGAAAAUCUACUUCUGGAACGACUCCUGCACGCGGAGGCUCGAGGCCCGUGAAAUCAACGGUCGUCGGUGCGCGCUCAACCACAUCGCCAAAAACCACUAGUACUUCAUCAUCAGUUCGUGGUAAUUCUGCAUCUACUUCUACCAGGAAAAUUUCGCAGGCAAAUUCUACUCCUUCGAAGAGUCUUUCCCCUAAAGAAAAGUCUCCACGAACGUCAAGAUCCCCUUCACCUUCGGCAUCCACCAGGACAUCGUCAAAGCCAUCAAUUAAGGAUGUCAUCGCUCAAGCUAGAUUACGAAAAGUCAAUAACAAAGCGAGUGAACAAAAUGAAGAAUCAGAAUCAGGUUCUAAAAGUUUGAAUGUUAUCGUCAAACAGGCAAAAUCUUCUGGCCGUAUAAAUAUUUCCCAUCGUUCUCUUAAAACGAUCCCAGAAGAAGUGUGGAAAAUGUACGAGGUCGAUCCUAAAUCCAUCACCAUUGAUUUCAGUGGUGGUGGUUCUGACGUGUGGUACGAAACUGUUGACCUCGUGAGAAUGGUAGCCGCGGACAAUCAGUUAGAAUCAAUCGAUAAAAGAAUUGUGGAAUUCAAUGCCCUCGCGUUCAUCGAUUUUCACAACAAUCAUCUAUCCACUCUUCCUGACGGGUUUGACGAAUUACAAAAACUGGAAUCUCUCAAUCUCUCAGUAAAUCGGUUCACCGAACUCCCAAAAUGUUUGACUACUUUGUCAUCACUUGUUGAGUUACAACUUGCCUCAAAUAACUUGUCUGGAAUAUUAGAUAGCUCUUUUGGAAAUUUGGUUAGAUUAGAAUUACUCGACGUUUCAUCAAAUGAAAUAACGGGCCUUCCGAGAGAAAUCGAAAAAUUAACAAAUUUGCGUAAGCUUAAUAUUUCAAAGAAUAAGCUGAAAGAAAUUCCCGGAAUGGCCAUAAGUGAAAUGAAAAACUUGGAAGAACUUGAAGCCAGUGAAAAUCAAUUGGAAGUAGUAUUCACGGGGCUCGAAGGACAAACUGUCACCCUACCGUCGUUAAAAAGAUUGAACGUCAGGCAGAAUCGGCUGAAAGCACUAGACGACUCACUUAACGCAACCAUUUUUCAUCCAGCAAUUAAGUUACCAAAGAUAAAGGAGUUGCUCGCUUCGCUCAAUCGAAUCGAAUCUUUUGGUCCCUUAUUUCAUACCACGCCGGUUCUCGAGAUUCUUGACAUUGGAGAUAAUAAAUUGAGCGAAGUUCCUGAAGGAUUGAUUGCUCUAAAAGGGCUGAAACGGUUGGAUUUAAGUAAUAAUGAUCUCAAAUUAUUACCGGCGGAAUUAGGAAUGUUGACAAGUUUGGAUUUCUUGGGUUGGGAGGGCAACCCCCUGAAAAACGCACCAAAGGGUCCAAAAUCCACCGCGGCAUUAUUGAAAACUUUAAGGGAUCGAUUGACUACUGUUGACUUUGGAAACAUGGACGGUCCUACAAUUCCUGAAAGUACACCAAUACCACCCAUCGGCCGCGGGCGUAACGGUAAGAGAUCAUCCGAUGAGACUGGUGUGGAAACUUCCGGUAAAUUAGGAGUUAUCAGCAUGCAGGGAAUUAAAUCGAAGACAUUAGACCUCGCAAGGAAAAAUUUAACGGACUUAUCGGAGGAAGAUUUAAAAGAACUUCCAUUUGAGCCUUCGACAAUACUUCUCGGGUUCAAUCUGUUCCAGUCAAUUCCAAUUGGAUUCAAGUUGUACCAGGAUAGCAUCACCUGUUUUCAGCUAGAUCACAACAAAUUCACUGAAUUCCCAACAUUCGAAGAUAAGUCCGUAGUCUUCCCAAAUGUCGAUAGAUUAGAUCUCUCUGUGAAUCAGAUUACCUCCUUACCCGAUGACUCAAAGCCAACAUCAUUCCCUAAUUUGCAAAUUCUAAAUGUGAAUAAUUGCCGCAUCACGGCAUUGCCAGCAAAACUUCC